GAAUUUUAGGUUCCUGGACAUGUUUAAGGAAGAUGGCGGCGCAGGCAACAGACGGGAUUCGUUUGAGCGCGCUUAGCCCCAAGUUCCUGCAUACCAACUCCACAAGUCAUACGUGGCCUUUUAGCGCAGUCGCUGAACUUGUAGAUAAUGCCUACGAUCCUGAUGUCAAUGCCAAGCAAAUAUGGAUUGAUAAAACUGUCAUCAAAGGCAAUAUAUGCCUGACAUUUACAGACAGUGGCAAUGGCAUGACUUUGGACAAGCUGCACAAAAUGCUCAGCUUUGGCUUCAGUGAUAAAGUUGCCGUACACGGCCAUGUUCCUGUCGGACUUUACGGAAAUGGGUUUAAGUCAGGAUCCAUGCGACUGGGGAAAGAUGCCAUUGUGUUCACCAAAAAUGAGUCUGGCAUGCACGUGGGCAUGUUAUCCCAAACCUACUUGGAGAAAAUCAAUGCAGAGCAUGUCCUGGUCCCCAUCAUAACGUUCAACAAGCAAAAGCAGCUCGAACGGACGCCUGACUCGAAUGCAAAUGUAAAGGCAAUAACCACUUACUCUCUGCUGAACAGUGAGAAAGAGCUCUUAGCUGAACUGGAAGCCAUUACCGGCCGGAAGGGAACGAGGAUCAUUAUCUGGAACCUGCGAAAGGACAAACGUGGGAGCCCAGAAUUUGAUUUUGAUUAUGAUAAAUAUGACAUCUUGAUACCUGCGGAGAUUGACGGAACAAAGAGAGGCUAUAAAAAGCAGGAGAGAGUGGACCAGGUUGCCCCCGACAGUGAUUAUUCUUUGAGAGCUUAUUGUAGCAUUCUGUAUCUGAAACCAAGGAUGCAGAUCGUUUUGAGAGGACAAAAGGUUCAGACACAGCUGGUCUCUAAAAGCCUUGCACUCAUAGAAAAAGAUGUGUAUAGGCCCCAGUUUUUGGCACCUAAAACCAUAAAAAUCACAUUUGGAUAUAACUGCCGAAACAAGGAGCAUUAUGGAGUGAUGAUGUAUCAUAAAAACAGGCUCAUUAAGGCCUAUGAAAAAGUUGGCUGCCAAUUAAAGGCUAAUAACAUGGGCGUUGGGGUUGUCGGAGUGGUCGAGUGCAACUUUCUAAAGCCCACACACAAUAAGCAGGAUUUUGAUUAUACAAAUGAGUAUAGGCUUACUCUGUCUGCAUUGGGGCUUAAGCUGAAUGAUUACUGGAAUGAAAUGAAAGUAAAGAAGAAUCACCCUUUAAGUCUUCCUGUAGAAGAUAUACAGAAAAAGCCCGACCAGUUGUGGGUUCAGUGUGACUCUUGUCUUAAAUGGAGGAAACUGCCAGAUGCAAUGGGAAAGUUACCCGAAAAAUGGUACUGCAGUAUGAACACAGACCCACAAUUCAGAGAUUGUUCUGUGUCUGAAGAGCCAGAAGAUGAUGAUGACAUUACCCACUCCACUUAUGAAAAGACCUAUAGGAGAAGGAAAUCUGAGCAGUUUCAGCAAAUGACACCAGACAAAACUACAAUUCUAUUCACACCACAGAAUAUAGAAAUGCAGCCAUCUAUAGUUUCUGGUCAGAGGAUUUUUAAUCCACAUCAAAGCCAGGGGACAGAUCUCAACAAAAGCUGUAAACGUCCUUUAUCUAAUGACAAUGAAGCUGCGAAGAAGCCAAAGCUCAGUGGAUCAGAUACUAUUGAUCUCCUUCAGUGGAGCGAUGAAGAAGAUGUUAUUAUAAUAGAAGAUAACAGCACCACCAAGCCAAAAAAUAAUACAAAAAGUCUCCUUAUUUCAAAUUCAAAUCCAGUGACCACUGAGAGGAUAAAUCACAGGCCAAAUGGAAUUGAGAACUCAAAUGGAAUUGAUCCCAUUCCAACCCCUGACCCCAUUCCUAGAGGUGAGACUUCAGCAGUGGCCACCCAGACAGAAAGGGCAACUUUGCCUGUUAAAAAAGAAGAAGAUGUAAGCAAUGAUUACAGCAGUCAGGAAAACCAACAGAUGCCAGACUCCAUCCUUUACAUUAACUGCAAUGGAAUAGCCCAACAUGAAAUGGACACCUCACACCAAACCCAUCACCAGGAAAAGUCUGUGGGUGCAAGAGACCGUGAAAAAGAAAAUCUGAAGAAGCACUGCGAAGAACUGCUUGUCAGGGUGAAGGGAUUGGAAGGGGAGGUCUCAGAACUGAGAAACAAUCAGGUUAAGAAAGAAGUUUCUCAUCAGGUGACCCAGACAGAUGCCAGUCCCCCAAAUAUCACUGAACUUCCUUCAAAGCAACUUGUAGCCCAGUAUGAACAGGCCCUUAAGGAAAUCAACAGGCUGAAAGCUCAGUGUGAGGUGCUGCAGGACCUGAAGGCUGAGCCUGGCACGGGGCCCCAGAAACCGGCAGAGAACAGCAGUGACAUGGAUGAUAUGGCUUUGCAGCUGGACAGCUUAUUCAGGCAGCUGGAUGCAUGUUCCACCGAACGGGAUCGGUAUAAAAGUGAGGCUGAAAAGGUAAAGCAACAGUCGGCGCAGUUAGAAUCUCAAACCCGGCAGCUCGGAACCCAAAUUGAACAGCUGAAGCAUAUGGUCCAAGACGUGCAGAAGAAAGAAAGUGCUUCAACCAGCGUGGCAUCAGCGAGCCAAACUAACCUUACGUUGCGAUCUCUGCGGAUAAACGUGGCGCAGUUGCUGACCACAUUGAUGCCCGACCUGCAGUUACAAGAUAUAAACUAUGACGUCGACGUGAUCGACGAAAUUCUGACCCAAGUGUUGGAGCAAGCCGAGAAUCAAGUGAGCGGACACCAAUAGAACUGGAGGCAAAUAACAGCGUGGGCGCAACCACCCAAUCUGCUGCUAAACAUGACUGGAAUUACUCAGGCCCCUCGGUACUAAAGUGCAAAAAAAGAAGAUAAACAUUUUUAAGACGUGACAUUUUUAUGCACAGGUGUUACCUCACUUUUUAUAAUAUUAUGGAUAUAAAGUUUAUUUAGUUUAUUUUUUCAUUAAAAAAAAAAAAAUCUAA